AUGGCUGAGACUAAAAAGCGUGUGUUGGUUACGGGUGCCGGUGGCUUCAUCGGAGGACAUUUGGCAAAGCGUCUCAAGGAGGAAGGAAACCAUGUCGUCGGCGCUGACUGGAAGGCGAAUGAAUACUUCAAGGUCGAGGAGUUCUGUGAUGAGUUUAUGCUUCUCGACUUGCGCGAUAAGGACAACUGCCUCAAGGCUUGCAAGGACUGUGCCGAUGUCUACAACCUGGCUGCCGACAUGGGUGGCAUGGGUUUCAUCCAGUCCAACCAUUCCGUAAUCCUCUACAACAAUGCCAUGAUCUCUUUCAACAUGCUCGAGACCGCUAGAACCUCCGACGUCAAGAGGUUCUACUACGCUUCCUCGGCUUGCAUCUACCCCGAAGGUGCCCAGCUUGACACUAAGAACCCGGGCUUGAAAGAAUCAGACGCCUGGCCCGCCCAGCCGCAGGACGCGUACGGCCUGGAGAAGCUCGCUUCUGAGGAGCUUGCCAUCCAUUACGGAAAGGACUUUGGCAUGCAGACUCGCGUCGGUCGCUUCCAUAACAUCUACGGACCCCAGGGUACGUGGAAGGGUGGCCGUGAAAAGGCCCCUGCUGCCUUUUGCCGCAAGGCCAUCACUUCGACCAAGGAAUUCGAGAUGUGGGGUGAUGGCGAGCAGACCCGAUCGUUCUGCUAUGUUGACGACGCCGUCGAGGGUAUCAUUCGUCUCAUGAACUCAGACUUCACGGAGCCACUCAACAUCGGUUCCGACGAAAUGGUCUCCAUGAACGAUAUGGGUAAGAUGGUUCUUGGCUUUGCCGAGAAGGACAUUCCCAUCAAGCACAUUCCUGGUCCCGAGGGUGUGCGUGGCCGCAAUUCUAACAAUGAUCUCUGCAGCAAGGUCCUCGGAUGGGCCCCGGGUAUCACGCUGCAGGAUGGCCUCAAGAGGACUUUUGACUGGAUCAAGUCCCAGAUUGAGGAAGAAAAGGCUAGCGGUAUCGAGACCGACUACACUGUCUCUACCGUUGUCGGCACCCACGCCCCGACCGAUUCCAAGGCUUCGAAGCGCAAGUAACUUCCUUGCGUCUUAGCCAACUAUUUCGGUUUCACGAGAUGCCCGGUUUCGCGCCCGAGAGCUAUCGUUUCUAUAGCUUGAUCAAGGUCGUCUAGUGAUGGCACUCGAAUGAGACACAUGCGCGCUGCACGCCCCUGGUGAAUAAAAUAGGACACUUACUAAAUCCCUCACUAAAGAACACUGCCAACUCAUUCUCGUGCGCGCACAAUAGCGGUCAGCUGGCUAGUUUACGCGCAGGGUUGCGAUUUCUUUAAAUAAAACAAA